GUGGCACGACUUUUGUGUUUCUUCGAGACGCAUACUCAGCAUUGCGUCGAAGAUGGAAGCGCCAGAGCCGAAUCUAAAGGAACUAUACAAGGAAGCCAGGACCCGACAGGAGGAGCUAGACAGCCUUGACCCUCGAAGCUCCGCCUACAAAGACACUUUACAAUCCAUCAUUGACAAUCUUGGGAGAUGUCGUCAACUGAUUCAACAGCUUUCACUGUUCAGCCCGAACGAGGAAGUCGAAGAUAUCUCCACACAUGACCUACAAUAUCUGACUGUUGACUAUAACCUGGCGGAGAUGAGGACCAAAGCAUACGGCGGCGAUCGACAGUCGUUAUUGAGGGAAUCAUCGGCACUCUUAGAGAGCUUCCUGACCCGGCUGGACCAGUACAGACUACUAAGCCCGUCCGACCACAAGCUUUACGAGCGCUUUCUUGAGCAGCGAAGUGCUUUCAGAAUAGUCUCCUCAACGAACCCCGAAGAGAAGCGCAAAAUCAAAAUUGCACGCUUUCAAGAAGAAAAGUCCUUGAAGCAAAAGCUCGAGUAUCUGAGAAACCAGUCACAAAAGCUCAAUACCGAUGACGAAACUAUCCGACAUCUCUACCUAGCCGAAAUAGCGCUCUCAGUCAACAGAGCCUUCGCAUCAUUAGACAUGAUCACACAGGAACUGGAAAUUCUGUCCCAGAUACGGCAGAUUGAACCGGUCCGAACCGGUCCACCUUCAGAUCAGAGAGAGCCUGCUAGGUCCCAAGGCUAUUCUGAACGUCUAGAUGGUCCUGCUACCAUGGGAGGACUGGGUAAAAGAGGCGGGCCUCUGCUCAGUUCAAGUGGCAAACCGCUCCAGCCUUUCACCCUGACAGACAAACGCACUCAACUUCGACAGGGAGUCUUUCGACCUAGUCACAGCCUUCCCACAAUGAGUAUCGACGAGUAUCUUGAAGAGGAACAACGUAGAGGAGGGAUUAUCGACGGAGGUGGCAAUGCCAAUGCGCCUCAGCCAGAGCCUGAUGAGGACAAUAUGGAGCAAAUUGAUGCUGCCACUAUGAAAGCUCGAGAGUGGGAUGAAUUUGUCGAAGCCAACCCCAAGGGUGCUGGCAAUACUCUAAAUAGAGGGUGAAAGGAUAUGCAAUCGUCCAGGCCGCUUGCUUUACGCGUUCGAAGUAACCGUGUCUUUGCAUCUCAAAAGGUACUUUUCGUUGCGAAAUAUUGGAGGGCCACUCCGCAACGACGAUGGCGAGUU